AUGGAUUCGUUCGAUUCUUCACAAGACGAGGGCAACAGUUCCAAUAUUUCUCCCCAAACAGCUCAACAAAACGUAAAUCUGGCAGGCUUGAGUCAAACAAGGCCUCAGACCGCGAACACCAUUUGGCCGACCUGGCCUGUUACUGAUGACCCCUGGAAUGCCCUUUAUGGCUCAUCUAGUGACGGCCCGACUCGAUCGCAAAUUGUCGGAUCUGCCGACUUUCAAACCUCAUACCAAGAUUACAGAAGUAAACCCAUAUUGUCUGAAUGUGACACCAACGCGGAAGAUUCGGCUUACGGAAGUCGUCUCACACACAGUAUCGGCAAUCACUCUGCAUAUGGCGAAGAUCUAGACCCCGAUAUUCAAACACUGGAUACUCCAAACCCAGACACACAACUCGUUUACAGUAAUCUGGAAUCCCUCCAACUGACAAAUGAAUCUCGACAAUAUCGAGAUCAAUGGCAACGCUCUCGUCCUCCUGCAAGCAUCGCAACAGCGCCCGUUGGCGGAGAAAGGCGACUAAGAUUUUCUGGGCGUACCUUCGUAUGCAGUAUCGGCAAUUGUGCGAAGAAGAAUAAAGUCUGGCCUAGAGCUGACAACUUCCGCUCCCAUCUCGAACGGAUGCAUCGCAAGAAAUACUCAGCUAAUGAUGAUCUGUCCGAAUUCGUCCAUCGGCCCAUCCCGUCACAAGGCCUAGAGGGUGUAGGAGGAAGUGCCAUGGCAUAUGUCCAAGCCCAGGAACAAUUGCCUGGCCUAGCUCAUCCUUCCCCAAUCUUAUCCUUCCGUGGAUACCAUGGCGACAGACGGGCUUCACAGCCGCAACCUGGCAUCGGCAGCUUGUCUCGAGGUCCAGCUUCUAUCUCAGCUGAUCGAGACGUAGCGGGCCUUACUCCCGUACGAGAAAGCGAUGAGAAUUUUAUUAGACCGGAGAUACUCAAUGGGUCGGACCCACUACUACAAAAUCGAUGGGCUCCGUCUGCUGCAUCUGAAGAGGAUGCACCGGGUGACGAUAUUAUGACUUCUGACUCUGAGCAACGUCAUGAUUCUGCUCCAGAUGCUAUGGAAGAUGUGCAACAAACCGGAAUUUCAGAAGCGGAUUCGCCCAGCGUUGACGAAGACCCAAGAUCUCAGCAGCCCGAUAUCAGAAUGGCAGAUGCUGACGAGGCUCAACGGACCCCAAGAGCAGUCUCGUUGCCAGACCGUCCGAGCUUUGACUAUUCCCAUGCUAAUCCUGAGGCAACAUACGAGCUCCUUGACAAACUCCCGAAAGACUUGAUUGCAAGCUAUGUAAAGAAACAUCUGCCUGGAAUGAGAGAUGAAGUUGAAACCCCGAAGCCAGAUAUACCUAGUGCCAAGAGCCAGGGUCAUUCACACAAGUGCCCAGACUGCGAUAAGACGUUCCCUCGGCUGUGUGAACUCAAGAAGCACCAGAAAAGACACUCGAAACCAUACGGAUGUACUUUCGUCGACUGUACAAAGACAUUCGGAAGUAAGAACGACUGGAAGCGACAUGAGAGUAUCCAGCACUAUCAGCUUGAGACAUGGAUAUGCAAUUGCACAAAGUCCAAUUCGAGCGAACUUUGUGGCAAGGUCUGCCAUCGUCGCGAGAGCUUCAGAAAUCAUCUUACGAAAGAACAUGAGAUUUCUGAUCAAAGUGUCCUCGAAGAAAAGCUUGACACAUGUAGAAAAGGCCGCCACUGCGAUGCUCAUUUCUGGUGCGGUUUCUGCAAGAACACUAUCCAGAUCAAAGAGUCGGACAACACUUGGACUAAGCGAUGUGACCAUAUUGACGACCACUUCUCCGGCCGUGGUGAAAUGCCCCAAAGGCACAUCAGCGAAUGGGUGCAUGAGAAAGCUCACAGUGCUGUGUCUUCCACCUUUCAAGAAACUACGUCGGAAUCGUCACCUGGCUCAUCUAUUCCCGAUCCCAAAACUCCUCAAGCAUUGGCGUCACUCGGCAACAGCGGCGAGGGCCGUCGAAUCCCGAAAGACACGUAUAUGUGGAUAUGCUAA